AUGACCGUGUUAGGGACGGUGACCUUCUCUAACGUGACGGAGGACCGGUACGACGUGUACGUGGAGGCUCCACGUCACAUCCCCUACUCCGGGGUCGCAGUGUUCUCCAACCACAACUCGCAACUCACCAUUUUCCUUCAGCGGAUAGCGGUUGUGUACACUUGGAGUGUGCAAAUGACGACGUUCAAAGACGAGUACGUCAUCACGCUGGAAGCAGACUUCGAAACACACGUCCCGGAGCCCGUCGUGACGAUAGAACCCCGCGAGGUGAAGCUGGACGACCUGCUGCUGGGCGUGAUCGAACAGAUUGUGUUCAACAUCACCAAUCAUGGUCUCAUCAGGGCGGACAACGUGCAGCUGAUCCUUCCCAACCACCCCAGUCUUGUCUUUACCAAGAUCAUAGACACUAUUGGGAAUGUAGAAGCCAUGACGUCGGUACUCAUUCCAGUGAAUGUUUCAACCACAACCAGAAGUAAAAGGGCAACGAUGAUCACGUGUUACUCUGCUCAAAUGAUCUACUACUACGUAUGUGGUGAACUUCGUGAGCGCGUAGCUUUUGUUGCCUUCAUCGCAGAAGCAUCAGCAUGCACUCUGUGGAGUGACACUGGAGAUGUCUCAGUAGGCGUCUCAACAGGGGUGAUCUCAGGAGGGGCUUAUGCUGAUUUUUAUGGUCUAGGAGGAGGCUCGACGAGCGUGUCAAUGAACGCCUACGUGUCGACCCAAAUACCCUGCUGUGCAUUCGACUGGGGUUGUGAGAAAGCCCUGUACCAGUGCACAAAGAGCCUGUUCGGUUUAGCGACACAUUUGAAAGCGGACAAUAAAAACAGGAACAAACGGCAACUUCCUCAGAACUCCACCCAACAUAACCCGGUUGCAAAGAGGUCACUGUUGGGCAAAAUAUUGCCAGGCUUGGGAUGUCUGCUCGACGUGGCAUCGCUAGCGCAGAAGGACAAAAUCACAGUUCAAGACUCGGUGGAUGUGAUUAUCGGAUGUUCGUGCGAUCUCAUCCCCAUUCUCAAAGUGGGCUGCACGCUUUAUGACAUCGUCACGUCGUGUCUUCGAGACGCGCCAAAUAAAUGCCUCGGCUCCACCAGGAUGACAUGUGGGUCUGCUGUAGAGGAUAGCUUGGCCCAGCUGGCGGAUUCACUGAGGGCGAUGGAACGACAGUGGGAUUUAGCCGUCGAAGUGUUUGGCGAUAAAGAAUGGCUGAAUGUGCACGACGCCAAGUGGCUUAACUACGUCUUCAAGCCCAAGAUUGAUGACGGCAGCUCUGGAGGAAUUCUCAUCACGGACAUUGAACAUUCAGACAUUCUAGCUAUGCCUACCCCAGGAAAUGUGAGCCAGGCCAUGGUGGAGCAGUUCCUGCAGCGAUGGAACGACACCCACUCGCUGUGGGCUGCCGGCAUCACAGACUCGGCAAACCACUCCAACCUCAUCGACUACCAACGAUACAGCGAGCUCACUCGGGCUGUUGUCACAGACCUCAAGCUGGCAGAAGAGGCAGGGUACUCUUCCUUAGCGGAGAUGUUCCAAGUCGCCUACAAUGCCUUGGAGGAGAAGCCCGAGGAGAAGAAGGGAGUGUGCGCCGUGGUGCGCAUCAGAAUCGAUCAGAAGCUGACCCUGACCAGAGAGGCCGUGAAGGCGACGCUGGAAAUCACCAACCAGGAGGCUUCCCCUCUCGAAAGCAUCGAGGUGAAGAUCACCAUCAAGCGGCACGACAACAAGUCCGAGUCCAACCACCUCUUCUCCAUCGGCAACCCUGCGGUGUCAGGAGGUCUGAGCGGCGUGAGUGGAGACGGCCGGCUAGAGCCGGCGGCUUCAGGGAGUGCCGAGUGGCUCAUGGUCGCCUACAGCGAGGCCGCGCCCACGCGCGACACCCAGUACGACGUGUCUGGCCUCUUCUCCUACAUGCUGGGUGGAUCCUUGGUAGAGAUCCCCCUGUACCCUGAGACGAUCACCAUUGCUCCUGAUCCAAGACUCACCAUACAUUACUUCUUGGAGAGGUGCCCAUCUUGCUUACAUGUUUUUCUUACCACAAUUCCAUCCAAAUUGUUACUAUCCGGACAAUUGCAACCCUUCAUGUGUUAGAGAACGGCCCUAUAAGAGAUCCCCCUGUACCCUGAGACGAUCACCAUUGCUCCUGAUCCAAGACUCACCAUACAUUACUUCUUGGAGAGGUGCCCAUCUUGCUUACAUGUUUUUCUUACCACAAUUCCAUCCAAAUUGUUACUAUCCGGACAAUUGCAACCCUUCAUGUGUUAGAGAACGGCCCUUUAAGAAGUCGGAUAUCACAGAGCUACCUCUGAAAUCCCUUUAAGUUUCCUCUGGUUUCGGUAGCAGAGGCCACCACUUUCCAGUUCAAUCUGCCAUACGCUGUCGAUAUUUCUGUCUUUGACGGUCAAAUUGAUAUUUACAUGCCAGUUGGAUGUUUUAUGAAAAAAAAAUGCCGUUAGCUUCCCUUAAACC